GAGGGAGUGUAAAAUGUAGUUACUACGUACCAUGGUAAAACUAAUGUUGGGACAAUGCGUAUGUAUUUCGUAAGGUAACACGUGCAUCAUAUCCAGCUCCAUCGCUGGAUAUAUCUGAGACAGCAAAAUGGUGAAGAAAAGGCGCAUUCGUCUCAUUGCCGAAAUGGCACGAAAGAUACGUGCUUAUCGUGAGCUCAAGAAUCGACCUACUGAGUCUCAGCGGUAUGCCCUUGACUAUGAAAACAUGACUCGUACAUUCACCGGGAAAACCUUGCCCGUCCUCGCGUGGGAAGACGUGCGGCGUGAAAGUCGUCUGUUCACCCUACUGGCCAGUAUGCGGAUGUUUGGAGUGGGGAGGCUUUUGACGCGAAAAUCAUGGCUUGAGGAGCACACUGAGCCAUGUUAUUGGAAGAUCACGAAAGUGAAGGUGGAUUACACAGCGGAGAAUAUGGAUCAUGGAAAAGCCUGGGGUAUCCUGACAUACAAAGGCAAACAAGAGGAUAAGGAGCGUGAGGUCGAGAGUGUCAUGUAUCAUGACUGGCGGUUACUACCCAAACACGAGGAGGCUGAAUUCACAUGGUUCGAGCCUGUCCCAGAACCCCCUACACGUUUUGUCCUCUACCCUCCCCUCCUACGUGCCAUGAUCCUGUCUCAGCGCGCCAAAGAGGGGCUCUCAACCACAGAGGAACCCCUGCUACCCCUAAGGCGAGACAUACUGCUAAGCAAGGAGUACUUCCGAAACCAGGACCUUGAGCGACAAAGACAGAGGCAAGCAGCGGAGGGGACGCCCGUGUGAGACAUGAGCUCAGCAAGCAAACGGUUGCAGAGAUGGUGAUGAAGACGGUAGAUGUAAGACCAAGCUCUUCUCAAAUGAGUGUACACCUCGAAGCCACUCAUUAAAGACUGGAAUAUAGCAUACAGUGGUUUGGUCUUGAUCACCUUUCUGUUUUGUGUUGUUUUGAAGAUUGUAAAUAAAUGCAUGUAUUUGUCCCAGAA